ACGAGGCUUUUGUGCGUAUGGGUGUGUUCCAUGAACACACAUCAUCGUACGUCCAAAUAUUCGGUGGUUUACUGGAGGCGUUGAAUUCCGCGUUGUUUACGAUUCGACCGUGAGAUCUACGUGCGGUUUUCCCGCUAUAAAUACAUCACGACGAGGUCGAUUAUCGACAUUAACCCUUCGCAGUUUACUGGAUAAAUAUUUUUUGGCAGCAAACUAUUAUGCGAAAAUUGAGCAUGAAAAGUAAACGUGGUAGAUCUGGAACGUGUAGUGAGGGUGAUUCCGAAGAAAAUGGCGCCGGCGUCAGAGCUGUCGGCGACGACGAAUCCUCCGAACAUGAAGCUUCGAAAAUUAAGAAAACCCCAAAAAGGGGUCGUAGGUCUCAAACUGAAUCUAAUAAACAGACUGAAGGUAUGGAGAAUCCGACAGAUGAACAGGAGAACGGGUCUCCUGUAAAAAGACGUAAAAAAGACGCACAGAAGGUCUCCGCCGCCUCCACAUCCGAAGACAAGGCUUCUACCUCCGUAAACAAGUUAACCGACGAAGAGUAUGAGGUUUUAAAAAUAGUUGGACAACGUACAAUCAAGGGACGCCGUCAAUUCCUGGUACGUUGGAAAGGAUAUGAUGAAGAUUCGUGGGAGCAGGAGAAGAAUCUAAAUUGUCCACAGCUGAUUGAGGAAUAUCUUGCAGAUGUUGCAGAUAACAGUAUUGUUGAGAAAAGCCAAAAAACUCCCAGAACACCCAAAGAGAGUAGAGAUGCUGCUAAGUCCAAAACAGUAAAAUCUGGAGGCAAAAAGAAAUCCAAUACCCAUGCUGAAGCUGAACAAAAUCACAGAGAAGAUACUAACAAAACUAGCAAUGAAGAUGGUGCAAAAGCCAGUGAAGAUACUAAAGAAUUUGAAGUUGAAAAAAUUUUGGAAGUAUACUUUCACAAAAAAAAUAAUACACGUGAAUUUUUAAUUCGAUGGAAAGGAUUCAGUUCAGCUGAAGACACCUGGGAGCCUGAAGAGAAUCUAAAUUGUCCAGAACUAAUAUCAAGGUUCAUGGACAAGGUGGAAGUCGCAAAAAAGACUGAAAUUCGUGAACUACGAACAAAUCCAGCCCAUACAAAGCGGUAUACUCUAAUGUCAACUGAACCUGGGCGAAGACUCUCGCGUCGCAAUAUCAACAAACAACGUGCAACGUACCAUCAGUGCGAUGAGUAAAUGGCAAAACAAGAUAUAUCAUUGUAGCUUCACAUUACAUACGAGGACUAUUCGUUGGAUUUUUUACCUUUAAGAAUACGUUGUAAGAAUGAAGCGGUACAGAACAUAACUAGUAAGAGUUCAAAUAAAGUGAAAUUAUUAUAGGCAAAUCUUGUUCAACAAUGAACAGUCAAUCAAUGAAGGAGUAUUUGAUCAGCUCUGAAUUUUUUUUGUUCGUGAUCUACUUUAUUUUCACAAUCCAGUUAGUUUUAUUUUGUAAAUGUAAGACAGUUGGAAUUGGCUCAGUGAAAUACUGCUAAUUAUGUUCUGUGAUCCUAAUAUUAUAUAGUGACGUGUUUGGUGUUAUUAUAGACUCUAUCCCACUUUUUUUCCCCGGUAGACACACACACACACACUUAUAUAUAAAAUAUGUUUAAGCCAAAUUGAACAGAAAUCUCAAGUUCCAAUUAUUGAGGUACCAUUCAUCUUUGAACAAAUGUUUACCUUAAAUUGAAUUUCAUCUGAACUAAUAUCAUUAUAUAUUUUUUUUGUUAUUAUAUCUAAUUACAGUAGAGCCUUGAUUAUUCAAGUCCGCUUCCAACUUUGUCUUAACAUGCAUUAAUAUACAUUUCAAUUAAAAAAUGUGCAUUCGUAUCUUUAAUUCGCAUUAUCCGGGUUCAAUGAAACUUUCACUUGAGGCGGGUCCACAAUGAGUCCAAUAAUCGAGGUUCUACUAUAUGAGACUUCUACAAAAAAUUAGACCUUCAAAAUAUUUUGAAACUUAAUCACUUUCAAUUUGAAAGCACAAAAACAAAGUCAGGUUUUACCCUAAAGAGGAUGUCUUCAAACAGACUUUUAUUAAUUCUGGUAUGUACAUUACUUUGAGUCACAUAUAUUUUUAAUUGAAACUACCAUGUCUAUUACAUGGUGUGAUGUAUGUUAAUAAGUAUUAUAUGUUUGUCAUAUGAAAUUAUAUUUCACACUAAGUAGAACGUUUCAUUUGAAUAAUGUAGUAACUGCUAUAAUUAAUGUCAGGACACCAAAGUUAUCGUUGAACAUUUUUAUCGUGAGGAGAAUGCCUUUCAACUCACGCGCAUAUUUUAAGCCAUCAAUACAUACGUAUGUAUCUAUGAUUUGUAUUUACGUAAUAUAUACAAUACUAUAAUCUGUAAGAAAAAAUCAAUCGAACUAAAACUGGAUGCAAAAAACAUUGAAUAUCACUAAUAGUGAUAAUAAGAAGUACCUAGUAGUCUAUACGUACUGAUAGAUUGGUUCAGACUUUGGAAAAAAUAUUCAAUUCUAAAUCAAGUCAGUACAAUAUAAUUAAUAA